UCGUUCGAUCUACCGGUAACUUGGUGUCGUUCCAGAAAAAUGGCAACCUCUGUGAAUUCGGAACAUCCGACCGGGGCCAUAGCACAAUCAUCUACAGUGCCAGAUGACGAUCGGAUGCAGGAAGCAGAAGAGGACGAAGACGAAGACUUUCGCCCCGAAGAGGAACCGGCGAACGACGAAGAUGACGACGACAACGAAAGGAUGCCCACCACUACUAGUAGUCCAAGUCUUUUGAGUACCAUGCAACUGCGUACGGUUGAUGCAGCUUUUGAAUCCUUGUUUGGUUAUCCAUGGGGGACCGAAUUUGCAUUGGCAGUUGACGGCCACAAGGCCACGAAGACUGAUCGGCGUUUGGCCGCUCGGGAACAAUUACUAUCGCAAAUACUGGGACCGACGGCUGCCGCGGCUGUUUUGUACUCGCAUCACAACGGAAAAGGCGUGGAGAACGUGCCCUUGGUCAUCCAUUCUCACCGCCCGACAACGCACGAGAAAAAGGUCGUCGUGGUACGGAAAACGCCAAGGUACAAGACCAAACCGGACACACCCCAGCUAUCCAAACAACCAACAAUUGCCGUGGCAACUAACAGAGACACUAACGUUGCCCGAGAGGGUCAACUGCCGUCAUCACAAGGUCCACCACAGCUUCCAGCGACUACAAAAUCCAAGGGUGGCGGUGUCGAUCAACUGCUGCAAAACUUGCAGAAUCCCAACGCCAAAACCACGACCAUUGCCAAAACGUCGGCUGAUUGGGAAAGUUUUAAGGAUCAAACCGGGUUGGGCACCAAACUGGAAGAGCAGGCGGAAUCCAAGCACGCCUACUUGAAACGACAAGAUUUUUUGCAUCGAGUCGAUAACCGGACCUUUGAACUCGAAAAGCAGGAACGAGAUCAGGAGCGGUCGAAACGGGGAAAGUAA